GGCCCCGCCCCCCCGCCUGCGCGUUACGUCCCCUGCUGGCUUGGCCGCCACCUGCUUACUUGCUAGUCUCUGGUGAAUGCGAGCAGGACACUGGUUUCCCAGGGAGCCGCCCAAGAGCUUAAUGAUUGCCCAGACAGUGUCUAUAAAGGGAGCUGGGGAGCCCAGCACUGGAGACAGAGACUGAAAGCCCCAACUCAGCAGUUUAGGUGUGUGACCAAGAACCGGCAGGCAGGCUUGUGGUGGCCGGAGCAGCUGGAGUCCUAGAAGGCAGGGCAGGGCCCCCUGCUCCCUCCCAGUGGACAUCAUGGUUACCCGGAGCUAUGGGUAUUACCGAACUGUGAUUUUUUCUGCCAUGUUUUGGGGCUACAGUCUGUAUUACUUCAAUCGGAAGACCUUCUCCUUUGUCAUGCCAUCACUGGUAGAAGAGAUCUCGCUAGACAAGGAUGACUUGGGACUCAUCGCCAGCAGCCAGUCAGCGUCAUAUGCCAUCAGCAAGUUUGUGAGCGGGGUGCUCUCUGACCAGAUGAGUGCCCGAUGGCUCUUCUCGUCCGGGCUGCUGCUGGUUGGGCUGGUCAAUGUGGCCUUCUCCUGGAGCUCUACAGUAUCUGCUUUUGCCACCCUGUGGUUUAAUGGGCUUGCCCAAGGGCUGGGCUGGCCCCCCUGUGGGAAGGUGCUUCGAAAGUGGUUUGAGCCAUCCCAGUUUGGUACCUGGUGGGCCAUCCUGUCAGCCAGCAUGAACCUGGCUGGAGGGCUGGGCCCCAUCAUGGUCACCCUCUUGGCACAGAACUACAGCUGGCGUAGCACUCUGGCACUUUCAGGGGCAAUGUGCAUGGUCGUCUCCUUCCUCUGCCUCCUCUUUAUCCAUAAUGAGCCAGCAGAUGUUGGGCUACAAAACCUCGAUACUGCCCCCAAAAAGAGCAAGAAAGGCUCCCAGGAUGAUGAGAGCACUUUACAGGAACUGCUGCUGUCCCCAUACCUGUGGGUUCUCUCUAUUGGCUACCUGGUGGUGUUUGGGGUAAAAACUUGCUGCACUGACUGGGGCCAGUUCUUCCUUAUCCAGGAGAAAGGACAGUCAGCCCUUGUGGGCAGCUCCUAUAUGAGUGCCCUGGAGAUUGGGGGCCUUGUGGGUAACAUUGCAGCUGGCUACCUCUCAGACCGGUCCAUGGCAAAGGCGGGGCCAUCGGUAUAUGGGCACCCACGCCAUGGAUUGUUGCUCUUCAUGAUGGCUGGGAUGGUUGGGUCCAUGUACUUCCUCCGUGUCACAGUCACUAGCACCUCCCCCAAGGAUGCUGCCUUCUGGACACCAGCUCUACACCCUCUGGCUGAGCUCAUGGGCUUCACGGAGCAUGAGCUCUGGAUCCUGGUGCUGGGUGCCAUCUUUGGUUUCUCCUCCUAUGGCCCCAUUGCUCUGUUUGGGGUCAUUGCCAAUGAGAGUGCCCCUUCCAAUUUGUGUGGUACUUCCCAUGCCAUCGUAGGGCUGAUGGCCAAUGUGGGUGGAUUCCUGGCUGGGCUACCUUUCAGCACCAUCGCCAAGCACUAUAGCUGGAGCACUGCCUUCUGGGUGGCAGAGGUGACCUGUACCAUCAGUACCGUGGCCUUCUUCCUCCUCAGAAACAUCCGAACCAAGAUGGGUCGGCUGCCGAAGAAAGCUGACUGA